GGAUUAAAGACUUCAUGUGCGAGCUGUGUGGGAAGACCUUCAGCGAGAGGAACACCAUGGAGACCCACAAGCUCAUCCACACCGUGGGCAAGCAGUGGACGUGCUCCGUGUGUGACAAGAAGUACGUCACGGAGUACAUGCUGCAGAAACACGUGCAGCUCACGCACGACAAGGUGGAGGCGCAGAGCUGCCAGCUGUGCGGGACCAAGGUGUCCACGCGGGCCUCCAUGAGCCGGCACAUGCGGCGCAAGCACCCCGAGGUCCUGGCAGUGCGGAUCGAUGAUCUGGACCACCUCCCCGAGACCACCACCAUCGACGCCUCCUCCAUCGGCAUCGUGCAGCCCGAGCUGACGCUGGAGCCGGAGGACGUGGCCGACGGGAAGCAUGGCAAGGCCGCCAAGCGCGGCCACAAGAGGAAGCAGAAGCCAGAGGAGGAGGCGGCGGCGCCGGGCCCGGAGGACGCGGCGUUUGGCGAGUACGCGGAGAAGGAGGCCGCGUUCUCGGGCGGCGUGGGCGGCGUGGGCGACGAGACCAGCUCCGCCGUGCAGAGCAUCCAGCAGGUGGUGGUGACCCUCGGUGACCCCAGUGUGACGGCGCCGUCCAGCUCCGUGGGCCUCACCAACAUCACCGUGACGCCCAUCACCACCGCAGCCGGGACUCAGUUCACCAACCUGCAGCCGGUGGCCGUGGGGCACCUCACCACCCCCGAGCGCCAGCUACAGCUGGACAACUCCAUCCUCACCGUGACCUUUGACACGGUCAGCGGCUCGGCCAUGCUGCAUAACCGGCAGAGUGACGUCCAGCUCCACCCGCAGCCGGAAACCGCGAACCCGCAGUCCGUGGCUCACUUCAUCAACCUGACCACGCUGGUCAACUCCAUCACACCCCUGGGGAGCCAGCUGGGCGACCAGCACCCGCUCACAUGGCGGGCAGUGCCCCAGGCCGACGUCCUGCAGAACCCGCCGCCGCCACCUCCCCCGCCGGCCCCCCAGCCGCAGGCGGCCCCGGCGCAGGUGCAGCCCGAGCAGCCGCCACAGAUGUUCAGCUACUGAGGGGUUAGAGCCACAGAGAGCGCCCUCUGCUGGGCGGCACGCGCGGGGACCUUGUGAGGAAGCCGGGCUCGGCCGGCAGGUGCAGAGUCGCCCCGGGCAGCCGUGCUGGUCCGAGCGCUCAGGCCCCGGGCCCCGGCGGGCGGGCGGGUGUCAGACCUGAGCCGCCUCCACGCUAUGCCUUACCAAGCUGCUGCGGCCCGGGCCGAGCGCACCCCCUGCCCCCACGCAGCUGCCGGGUGGGUGGACCCGGGGCUGCGGGAGAAGCCCGGGUCCCCGAGGCCAGGCACUGAGUCCCGCGAAGCCCGGUGCCCGUGUGGCCACAGAACGCCCUCUACCCCGUCUGGCCUCCGUCAGCAGCGAGCGAGCAAAGUCAGAGUUUGUCCUCUUCUUUGAAAUACCGGCCCAGUCCAGUUUGUUACAAAGCACGGACGGCGACGUGAGCAAACCGUGACGUGACAGCGUGUGACCCCCAGCCGGGCGAGGGGUCACGUGACGCCACCGGCUCAGGCGUGAAAUAUCCGUGAAUCCGUCUUCAUAUAGCUUCUAUUUUUUUUAAGGAGAGGCUUGAUUUCCAACACACGAGACCCGGCAGCGUGACGAAGUCCAUCAGUCCACGGCCGGUGCCAGGAGCGAGCCGGCUGGGCGUGCGGUGGCUGAGCGUCAGCCACGACGUCCGGAAGCGAGGGGUUCCCGCUUGCCCAGGCUGCGGUGUCUCCCAGGCCUGGUUCCCGAAGCCGUGGUUACAGUGCAGAAGUGUGGGUGUCUCUGACAGGGACCGUGGUCUCCUGCCCGGGGCUGAGUCCAGGGGCGGGCAGUGCCAGGGCUCUGCAGUUUCACAGAAAGCCGGGGCUAAGAGACGCUGGAUUUGGUGCGCACCAUAAACGUGGUGAAGUUCCCACAGAGAAGCCUCCAGUGCCCCCGGUAAGCGAGGGAGCUGGCCAGCAAGUGCCCGGCCGGUGUGGGGACACGUCCGGGCUGCCCGCGGGCCGUCCAGGGGUCACGGGGCGCCAGCCACAGCCUCCCACGCCCGGCCGCGGGCAGCCCGGAGGCCCGGGGACAGGUUUGACUUUGCCUCUCUGGGUUUUUUUUUAAAGCCGUGCUGUAGUCUGGCCCCAUGCUGCUUCCUGGGAGGCCGCGCCACAGCGGCGGGGGAAGCCAGGGCCAGAACCCAUUUUGUGCAAUGCGUGAGCCAAGGAGAGCUCCCCGCCCACCCGGCGCGAGGCGGGGUCCCCCUCCCCCGCUCCACACACCCCCAAGGCCACCUCACAUUAACACGGGGAGAUCCUUUGACGUUUUAAUUUAUGAUAAUUAUUUUUAUGUUAUUUAUGUAAAUAAUUAACUGCUUUUACAUAAUAAUCUCAUCACAUGAACUGGAGCUGGAAUGCGGACCCCGUUCUCAGCUCACGUGGUCCAGACACCAUGGAAUUGGCACGAGAUCCAGGCACCUGAGAUGGUUGUGUUUUUUUUGUCUUUUUUUAAUCAAAACCGAUUUCUUUAUGCAUUUGCAGUGCGUAAAGGACAGACGACCCGGGGGACGAUGCAGACGGGCCUGGGCCUGUGGCUGAGCGUCCACUGCACCGAUCCCUCGCUCCUCUUCCCUGCGAAACAAAGGCCUUUGAAGUCGCGGUUUUAUUUUUUUAAACAAGGAGGGGGCAGGGCUGCAGCCCGCGUCGGUGUGCUCGGAGUCCCCGGCGGAGCUGGGGCGGCCCUGGUGUCCCCACUGCUCAAACAUCAGCCUUGUGAGAAUUCCAAUAAAAGCCAGACUUCUGA